CGCAACACCAACCCCUCCGCUCUCUUGCUGUCGCAUUCUUGCCGAUCUUGGUACUUUCUUUUUCUACACUCGAGUAUCAUCUUCGCGUCGGCAACUACCACUUCAUCAUGGCUCCCACAAAAACGAAAGUGAUCCUCGAGAAGGAGGACCACGAGCGCGAUGCCGCUUUCAUGAAGGCCCUCCACGGCAAGUCGACUGAGGCCGCUGGCGGUUUUGCUGCUAUGCUGGCCAAGGACAAGGAGGCCAAGAAGAUUGCGGUCGAGGAGUACUUCAAGCACUUCGACAACAAGAGUGCAGAGACCGAGACAGAGGCCGACAGAGAGGCGCGGACCAGGGAAUAUGCGACCCUCACGCGGCACUACUACAAUCUUGCGACCGAUCUGUACGAGUACGGUUGGGGCCAAAGCUUUCACUUCUGUCGGUAUUCGAUUGGCGAGCCUUUCUACCAAGCUAUCGCGCGUCAUGAACACUAUCUUGCCAUGAAGAUCGGCAUCCAGGCCGGUAUGAAGGUUCUCGACGUCGGUUGCGGUGUCGGCGGGCCGGCAAGGGAGAUUGCCAAGUUCACCGACGCGCACAUCACCGGUCUCAACAACAACGACUACCAAAUCGAGCGCGCCACACGGUAUGCGGCCAAGGAGGGUCUCUCAAACCAGCUGAAGUUUGUCAAGGGUGAUUUUAUGCAAAUGUCGUUCCCCGAUGAGUCGUUCGAUGCCGUCUACGCCAUUGAGGCUACGGUCCACGCUCCCAAGCUGGAGGGUGUCUACAGCGAGAUCUACCGAGUGCUCAAGCCCGGCGGUGUCUUCGGCGUUUACGAGUGGUUGAUGACGGACAACUACGACAACAACAACCUGGAGCACCGCGACAUCCGUCUCGCCAUCGAGGAGGGCAACGGCAUCUCCAACAUGGUGACCAUUUCCGAGGGUCUUGAGGCCUUCAAGGCUGCCGGAUUCGAGCUGCUCCACCACGAGGACCUCGCCAAGCGACCCGACCCUAUCCCCUGGUACUGGGGCAUUGCGGGCGAGACCAAGUACAUGCAAUCGUACUGGGAUCUGUUCACCGUGCUCCGCAUGACGCACGCCGGCCGCCGGGUGGUGCAUGUCUUCACCGGUUUCCUCGAGACCAUCGGCCUCGCGCCCAAGGGCACCAAGAAGACAGCCGAUUCUCUUGCCAAGGGUGCCGACGGUCUCGUCGCAGGCGCCAAGAAGGACCUCUUCACCCCUAUGUACCUGAUGGUUGGCCGCAAGCCUGCCAACUAAGCGGUCUGUACCGGACUGCUCUGCAUUUGCUAUGACGGGAUGAGAAAAAGGACUGCAUCGUAAUGCGGAUGGGGCAAUUGCAGUGGGAUGGCUCUGGAAAGGCAUACUCGGUAAUUAAUAUAAUGCUUCGGGGGUUUGGGACAUCGCCGAUUGGGAUUGGGCGACCGCGGCCUCGCUGCCUUCAGUACGUACACUACACCGUAAUCAAUCUUCUCACGGUCAGGCUGACCUGCCGUGGUAGGAACGGUC